AUGCUGAACUCAUUCCAAAUCUUCUUUUUGCUUGUGGCCUUCAGUCAGUUCAUUCUGGGGAUUUUGGGGAAUGGCUUUCUUGGGCUUAUCAAUUGCAUCCACUGGAUUAAGAGGAACAAGAUUUCCUUAUCUGACUUCAUCAUUAUGAAUCUAGCCUUCUCAAGGAUCAUCCUGCAAUGUGUGGUCAUUUCUGAUGCCACUAUCUCGGUGUUCUAUCCUGAUUUCUAUUAUGGACUGACAUUAAGCAAAAUUCGUGAAACUAGCUGGAACCUUAGUAACAAUUUGAGCAUCUGGCUGUCCACCUGCCUCAGUGUCUUCUACUGCCUCAAGAUUGCCAUUUUCUCCCACUCUGCCUUCCUUUGGCUUAAGUGGAGGAUUUCCCAGGUGGUUGCCUGCAUUCUGCUGGGUUGUGUGCUCUUCUUUUUCAUCAAUACAGUGUUACUGAUCCAAAAAUUCAAUAUGUCUUCUGUCCUCCUAAAAAUGAGCCUCCUUACCAACUACACUGAAAAUGUCAGAAGAAAGGAAAGAGAAUUACAUAGCUUGUACCUUCUUCUUUUCCUGUCAGCACUUACACCAUUCAUUAUAUCCCUGUUCUCUUGUCUCCUGCUCAUCUUCUCCCUGAGGAGGCAUACCAGGAUGAUGGGGCACCAGCUCAAUGCAACCAGAGAUGUGAGCACUAAGGCCCAUGUGAGAGCCACCAUUGUAAUAUUUUCCUUCCUCUUACUCUUUAUCUUUCAUUUUGUCAUUCUCAUCAUUGGGAGAUCAAAUGAUUUCCUGACAGAUGCCAAGGUGAUAAUGAUUAUACAGUUGGCUGCCCCUAUCUUUCCCUCUGUACACUCAUUUAUCCUCAUUCAGCAAAACAAAAACCUGAGAGAGGCAUUUGUGAGGCUGCUGUGUUUGAAAAAGGGCUGCACGAAAGGUGGGGGCAGGGGAUCCUUUACCCACUAG